AUGAAGUUGUUCUGGCUGUGGAUACUUGGUUUGGGCUCUCUGAUGCUGGUGGAAAUUUUGAGUCUACCCAUCGAUCAGGAUCAGCAGCCGCGGCCUGAAGAUGUGCAGCUGGCUGAGAGCUACCUGAGCAGGUUUUACAACCUGAACCCCAGAGGAAGAGUGUCAGGAAGACGGAUCAGGUCCACAUCAGCCAUGGAUGACAAGAUCAGAGAGAUGCAAAACUUCUUUGGUCUCCAGGAGACAAGUCGUCUGGACGCUGAGACCCUGAAUGUGAUGAAGGAGCCGAGGUGUGGCGUUCCAGAUAUAGAUAACUACAGUUUUUACCCUGGAAGGCCUAAAUGGAAGAACCUCACCAUCACAUACAUGAUUGCAAAAUACACUCCUGAUAUGAAGAAAGAAGAAGUGGAGGAAUCCUACCAUUCAGCUCUCAAGAUGUGGAGUGAUGAAGCACCGCUCAGUUUCAUCAAAGUCAACCGUGGCAAAGCUGAUAUAGUUUUGACCUUCGCCCGUGGAACUCAUGGAGAUUUCUAUCCCUUUGACGGACCUCGAGGUGUGCUGGCUCACGCUUUUCAGCCAGGAGAGGGGAUGGGAGGAGACGUGCACUUUGAUGAGGAUGAAACAUGGACGGCAGGGAAGCAAGGUUACAGUCUGUUUGCUGUUGCAGCUCAUGAGCUUGGCCACUCACUGGGUUUGACCCACUCCAGAGACCCCUCCGCUAUCAUGUACCCCAAUUACAGAUAUCGCAGCAAUACACAGUACUCGCUGUCAAAAGACGAUGUGCUUGGGAUUCAAGCACUGUAUGGAAAACCAACGAGAAAAGAAGAAAACCAACAAGCCCCUAAAAAGUGUGACCCAAACUUUUCUUUUGAUGCAGCAGUCAUGAUAGCAGAUGAGAUUGUGUUCUUUAAAAACAGGUACAUGUGGAUGAGAACGACACAGACGACUUACUGGAAUCGCCUGAAGGAGAGCCCCAGCAGCGUGUUUUUACCCAGCAUCAGUUCUCAUGUUGAUGCUGCUUAUGACAUCCCUGCCAAAGGCGUGGCGUACAUAUUCACUGGUCAUAAGUACUGGGUGGUUCAACAGCUCAGGAUGAAAAGUCAAGCUGGUUCCAUCUAUGAAUACGGCUUCUCCCCCAGAGUCCGGCAGGUUGACGCGGCCGUGCAUAUCGCCGAGUAUGGGAAAACAAUCUUCUUCAUUGGAGAGGUUUAUUACAGUUAUGAUGAGCACAGGAGGAAGAUGGACCCUGGCUUCCCCAAACUCAUCCAAUCUGACUGGCCUGGAAUCCCCAGAAGGGUCGAUGCUGCCUUCAAGUUACAGGGGAGCAUCUUCAUCCUCAGUGGAGCAAAAUCCUAUCAGUAUGACUUCAGAAAAAAACGGGUGGUGAAUGUAAUCUCAGGCAAUUCUUGGCUUGGAUGCUGAAAUAAUACAAUCGCAUACAUGUGCCUGAAGAAACCUCAUUUGUUGAAUGGGUUUCACAAAAAGGCCUUUAAAUCUUUAAUGUUACAGUUGUUGAACUGACACAACAACCAUAAACAAAUCUGUUUUUUACUGAAUUGUGACCUGUUCUUCUUGGUGUCUGUGUUUGUGUCUCUUAAGUACCUCAUAAAUGUUAUCUAAUAUCAUUCAAUUAAAGUGGCACUUACACAUAUUAUAUAAACAGACCUGGGAUUUAUAAUGUGAAAAGCUUUAUCUUAUUAAAAAAUGUAAUGUAAAUAUAUACAUUUUCCACUCACAUGUGAG